AAUGGUACCCAAAGAAAUUCCCAAUCCCGGGAAGGAGGCUGGAACCCUUGCCCUAGAACUUGACUCUGACCCUGAGCUAAAGGUGGGGAAAUGGAUUGCAUGGCUGUAGACAUGAUCACGGGGGUGGUGUUCCUAUAGACGGAGCGACUGUCGGCCGAUCAGAUCAAGGAAUACAAGGGCGUCUUCGAGAUGUUUGAUGAGGAGGGAAAUGGACUGGUGAAGACAAGUGAGCUGGAACGGCUGAUGAGCCUGCUGGGCAUUAACCCCACCAAGAGCGAACUGGGGAGUAUGGCCAAGGAAGUGGACAAAGACAACAAAGGCACCUUUAACUGUGAUGGGUUCUUGUCACUGAUGGGCAUUUAUCACGAGAAGGCCAAAAACCAGGAUGUGGAGCUGAGAGCAGCGUUCAAGGUCUUUGACAAGGAUGCCAAAGGUUACAUAGACUGGGACACACUCAAGUAUGUGCUCAUGAAUGCCGGGGAGCCUCUUAAUGAGGUGGAGGCUGAGCAGAUGAUGAAGGAGGCUGACAAAGACGGAGAUGGAACCAUUGAUUAUGAAGAGUUUGUGGCCAUGAUGACUGGAGAAUCCUUUAAGCUGGUCCAAUAGGAAUGGAUGGAGGAUGCGAGUUCUGAUUGGUCAACACAGCACCUUCCCCACAAGCCCGCUGAAUAAAUUUUCUUUAUAAAGACUUUCUUUCGAGCCUCAGAAAUCCCCUGCUGUACCCCCCCCUCUCCUUUCUCAGAUCCUCUGCUCUGACCAUUCCACUCCUGUCUGCUAACAUCUCUCCUGCAGACCCAGCUCUGGGGGAGCCAGGGGGAAGCCCCAUGGGUCACAGGUGCUUAGGCAACCGCCCUC